AUGGCAUCUACGCCGCCGCCUACAGCCGGUGUGGGUAUGCCAGAGGUCUAUGAGCCACCAAGGGCGGCUCAGCACGACACUCCGAUGCCUUCGGUCGAGGUCCACUCAGACGAGACCAUCAAAUCAAUCGACACCAACAAGAAAGACAUUGAGAGGAACGAUUCUGCUAUGUCCUCCACAGAGACUCAGUCUAUUGAGACUCGAUCCAAGCCCCUUGAUACUAUCAUAUCUUUCACAGGGACGGAACCGACAACAACUCAGGCAGAUGCACUGAACACUGACAUAAUCUCCAGUGGCACUCGGUCCAUCACAGCUGAGCCCCAUCCAGACAUUGACGCCAUCUCCGAAGCGCACCAACCCGAAAAUCAUGAGACUUUGCCAGAUGCUCCAGCCAUCAAUACAAUUGUGGAGCCGGACAAUGGCGACCAAGAACCUCUCACGGGAGAGCAGACGCGCCCGGUGAACAAUGAUGGCUCAAAUCAGAGUAUGUCUCAGACAGUCGAUGUUGUGGAUGCCAAUGAGGAUGUCGACAUGAGGGAUACCACCUCUGUGGCAGCUGAAGAUCAGCGCAUUGAGUCAAGCGUUGAGCACAUUCCUUUCCCAAACACUUGUUCAAUCUCUGAGGAAACAGAGGAGCACGACGUGCCCGACACUCUACCGCCAAAUGAUGACGGUAAUGACUUGAGCGCACCUGUCAAGCCUAGCAAUAUAGGCGAAGCUCUGCAUCACCGGGAGUAUAAGUACAAGUCUUACGACAGCCCAGGCAAAUUGGCUUGGGAUGAGCGGCGCGAAGAUGGAAACCUGAAAAAUACAAAUAUCGUGGGAAGAACAUCAGCUAGGCAUGAAUCAAAUUCUACCGACUACCACGGUUAUGAUCAGACUGAGAGCCAUCUACGAAGCCACCAGAUCAAGCGACAAAGGAUCAAGAGGGAAGAUGACGACAGUGAUCAUGAUACCAUGGUCGAUCAUAGCCAUUGGAGCGGCCCGGAGCGGAAGCAUGAUCCUUUUGCUCAGAAGGCUUCUGAGGCUCAAUCGGCUGCGCCAGAAACGCCUUCUGAUCGUGUGCGGAAGCUUGAAGAAGAAAUUGCUGAGCUCAAGGAGAUUGUGCGAAAGAAGAAUCUCGGUGCAAGGGACGACACAGAGAAGAGUGCAGAAUUGUCUCGUCCCAAGAAGAUGAAGAUUACGCUUCGAGAUAGGCGAGCAAAUAAGAACGAAGAAGAUGAUGGUGAUUCUGAGUAUCUCCCAGAAGACAAUCCUCCAGCUACUCAAACAACAAGGUAUGAAAGAGCUGAGAAGCGCGCGAAAGCACAAGAGGACUUAGACGGGCAAUCAAGCAAGAAAUCUAAGAAGCGGACCAGUAAUAAACGCAAAGGCUCCAAGAGAAAGGGAUCCAAGGCCAAGUCAAAGUCUAAACCACGCCGCAUCCCCCGCAAGAAAGUGGAAUCCUUGACCGAAAUAGUGUCAAACUUUCUGCAGACCGUGCGAGUGGGAGACGAUGAGCCUAAUGCAGACAAGCCUGAGCUGCCGCAUUUUGAGGCAGCUACGAAAGAAGAGCAUGAAGAAAAGAUCAAGGCCUACAUAAAUGACGAUUCUAGAUUUGAUUCAUCCCGAAUCUACGAAGACGUCAACGAGCUCUGGAAUGCUGCUGGCAUUGUCCGCGGAGCGCUUCAGAAGAAAGUGGCUGGCGAAUGCCAUCGGGAUUCUGCAGGUUGGACCUUGCCUAGGAUGAAAGCGCGGCUAUACGAUUAUCAACUCUGGGGUGUUGGAUGGAUGCUCACACAAGAGAGAAAGACCAAGCUUCGUGGUGCGAUCCUGGCAGAUGACAUGGGUUUAGGAAAAACCUUGACCAUACUGGCAUUGAUUGCCGCAAAUAGGCCAUCCUUAAAAGAGAAGAAGGAAGGCACUGACAAGACGUUGGUUGUCGUGCCCUCAAAUGUCCUUGACACCUGGCUUGAUGAGAUCGAGUCACAUUGCGAAAAAUGGAGGGUCAUAGUCUUCAGGAAGUCUAAGUGGAGGCCUACGGAUGAGUUGAGCGAAAUUGUGUUCAAAGCAGACAUCGUGCUCAUUACUUACCGCGAGCUCGUUAGCAUGUACCCUUCAGACGAAGACCUCAAGUCAAUCGAGAAUUUACCCGAAGACCUGCGAACAAAGAAAUUCAAUGCGCAGGCGGGAAAGAUUUUUGGAGGUGCUUGGAAACGAGUCGUAUUUGACGAAGGCCAUGCAAUGAAAAACAUCAAGAGCCGGAAACUUGUCCCCUACCUAAAGUUAAUAGGAGCAGAAUGCCCCAAGUCUAUCAAGUGCUUCAACAAGCAGCGCGAAAAAGAAAACCAACAGGAGAGAGAACUUGCACUUGCUGAACUGGCGCCUCUGAUUGAGAAGAAAGUUCUACAACGAACGGGUCACACAUGGUUUAUCGGCCGCCCACUUGUCAAAAUACCCAAACCUCACCAGCUGAGGCCAGAAAUCCUCUCAUUAAGCGAGGAAGAGAGACGUGUCUAUAGGCAUGUUGAAGACCAGAUACGCGGGUUCAUCAAUGCCCGCACAUUAUCCGCCACUGAUGUUUCGAGAGAGGAGCAAUCCGAAGAUGAUGAUUCAGACGAGGACGACGCUGGCAAGGGAAAGAAAUCUAAGACUGUCAACUGGGCUCUUCGAUUGCGACAAGCUACAGCCCAUCUCUAUCUCCUCGGGCCAAUUUUGAAAGACUUUGUCACAGAAGGAUUCAUCAACAGUCUGAGACGAGAUCUUCGAAGAGCCGGAAAAGGAACACAACUCAUUGAUAAUAUGAGCCGUUUAUUUGAACUUGCUCCGGAUAAAUCCACGGACUUCGGCGCACAAGAGAUGCAUAUACAUGAAAAGCCCGGCUCAGAUGGUAGCAGCGCAGGUGACAAUUGCUGCAUUCUGUGCAACAAGCCUCUCACAAAUCCUAUCACUACAGAGUGCGACCACACGUUCUGUAGUAAUUGUUUCCAGAAUCAUUGCAACAAUGAGAUGGAACGAGGGUAUCAAACGCCUUCUUGCCCCCUUGCCGGACUCAAAUGUGGUGGGCAAGGCCUGAACCUUACUUGCGCAAAUCGAGUCAUCAUCACUGACCCCUGGUGGAAUAAUGCUGCUGAACGUCAAGCUUUUUGCCGUGUCUAUCGUAACAAACAAGAGAAAGAGACGUACCUCUACCGCGUUUGGGUAGACAACACCAUCGAUGACCGCAUAAUGCAGCUACAGCAGCAAAAGAGUGAGGAAAUCGCCAAUGCUUUUGGAGAGCAUGAUCCCCAAAAACAGAAAUUGAAGGGACUAGAUAGAUUGGGGCUAUUUGGUGCAUUAAAAAAAGACGAGAACGGUAGGGUGGUCUUGGAGGUAGACUACGAUGACAAUUCGGAGGACUUUGAGAAGGAGAGCAGUGAUGAAGACAUGGACAAUGACGGAGAAGAAGACGAGGAUGAUGACCAGGAUGACGACGACUCGGAAUAUGAGCAAGAUUAG